UUGCGUCGAGAAGGAGCCUCCUCCCUACUCGUUACUCCCUUGGACCUAUCACCUUUUUGGUUUUUUGUUCUUCGAUUGGACCUAUCAUUUAUUCUUCUUCAUCAUAGUAAUUCAAUAUAUUCCGCUUUCUCUCUCUUUUUUUAAACCUGUAAAUAAAAUUCGAAAUAGUAGCUUAGACAUGGAGGAUAUGUCCAACCAAGGCCAAGCUCCCAACCCAAAUCCUAAUCAAAACGAAAAUCAGAAUGAAGCGGAAGAGCAGCCGCCCGCAGAAGGAGAGGAGCAGCAACAAGAAGAAGAAGAAGAAGAAGACGAGGAAGAAGAAGGGAGGAGGGAAGACGAGGAAUUGAUGGCAAAGGCGCAGGCUCUUAUGGAAAAGAUCACUUCUUCUCCUGAUAACCCUAAUCCUACCGUUCUUUAUGCUCUCGCCUCCCUUCUCGAAGCUCAGGAGUCUUUAUACCUUCAAGAGAACAGUCCUUCUUCCAGUAGUGGUCGUGCCUCUCAUAAUAUUGGACGCCUGGGAAACUUAGUCAAGGAGAAUGAUGAGUUUUUUGACUUGAUAUCUUCAAAGUUUCUUUCUGAGAGUAGAUAUUCAACCUCUCUCCAGGCGGCUGCUGCAAGACUUCUUCUUAGCUGUUCUCUUACUUGGAUUUAUCCUCAUGUUUUUGAAGAACCAGUUUUGGAGAAUAUUAAAGUUUGGGUGAUGAAUGAGACUGCCAGAUAUUCUAUUGAAGAUAACAACUGCAAGCAUGACUUGGCCAGAAAGGAAGCCUCUGAUGCUGAAAUUUUAAAAACCUAUUCCACUGGACUUCUUGCUGUGUGUUUGACAGGUGGUGGUCAGGUAGUGGAAGAUGUGUUGACUUCUGGGUUGUCUGCUAAGCUUAUGCGUUAUCUUCGUGUGCGUGUCCUUGGGGAGAUUACUGCAGGUCAAAAUGAUGCCUGCCAUUUAACUGAAGGUAAGAGUUUAUCCAGUGCUGCUUCUUUUAGAAGUAGAGAUGAAGGUCGAGGGAGGGUUCGGCAAGUUCUAGAGACUACUCAUAUAGAUGAUCCCAGAAUAAUAGAUGAGAAAUCUUUAGAUGAUCAAUGUGCUGAGUGGGAUCGAGAUCGAAGCACUAAUCGGCAAUUACGUGGAGAGGAGUGUUGGGUUGCUGACAGACAACCUCCUGAUGGGGUGGCUGAGGCGGUUGACAUGCAUGAUGUAGAUGCUGACAGUGAGGAAAGAUGGCAUGUUCGAGAUGUUCGUGAUGGAAAAAUGAGAUUUAGAGAUGUUGAUGAAAAUGGGAGAGAUGACUCCUCAAGGCGCAGGAUAAACCGUGGAUCUGCAAGGUCUAGAGGUAAGGGAAGGACCACUGAAGGGGCUAUGGAGAAUGAACAGUCACUAACCUCUCCAGGAUCUGGAAGUCGUUUUGGGCAGGCACGUAGUAUGAGAGACAGAAGUUCGUCUAAAAAUUUAGAUGGGAGAAAGGUGUUGGAGCCAAAGAAGUGUGUGGGAAAGACCAAUGCUGAUGAUCUUGUAGCGGAAAGAGAGGAUAAUGAUGAGUGCUUUCAAGGAUGCAGAAUUGGAAGUAAAGACUUCUCUGAUCUGGUAAAAAAAGCAGUUAGAGCUGCUGAAGCUGAAGCUAGGGCAGCCAAUGCACCUGUUGAAGCUGUGAAAGCAGCUGGUGAUGCUGCUGCUGAAGUUGUCAAGUGCGCUGCUUUAGAGGAGUUCAAAACUACUAACAACGAAGAAGCUGCAUUAUCGGCUGCUUCCAAAGCAGCAACUACUGUUGUUGAUGCUGCUAAUGCCAUUGAAGUUUCAAGGAACUCCACUAGCACAAGUGCUGAUCCAAUAAAUGAAAGUGCUGCUGAAACCGAAGUAAAUGAGGAUGCUGAAGAGUAUUCUAUUCCCAAUGCUGAGCAGCUUGCCCAGCUGAGAGAAAAAUACUGUAUUCAGUGCCUUGAGACUUUGGGUGAAUAUGUUGAAGUCCUUGGGCCUGUACUGCAUGAAAAGGGUGUAGAUGUCUGUCUUGCCCUGUUGCAACGAAGUUCCAAGUUGGAUGAAGCAUCAAAGGCUAUGUCUCUUUUGCCUGAUGUGAUGAAGCUAAUUUGUGCUUUGGCUGCCCAUCGGAAGUUUGCUGCAUUAUUUGUUGAUCGGGGUGGCAUGCAAAAACUGCUUGCUGUUCCAAGAGUUGCUCAAAAUUUUUUUGGUCUUUCUUCUUGCUUAUUUACUAUAGGUUCUCUUCAGGGAAUAAUGGAACGCGUCUGCGCUCUUCCUUCUGAUGUUGUCCACCAGGUGGUUGAGUUAGCUAUCCAACUUCUUGAAUGUUCCCAGGAUCAAGCUCGGAAAAAUGCAGCAUUGUUUUUUGCUGCUGCAUUUGUGUUCAGAGCGGUGCUUGAUGCUUUUGAUGCUCAAGAUGGUUUACAGAAACUACUGGGCCUUUUAAAUGAUGCUGCUUCAGUAAGAUCUGGGGCAAAUUCUGGUGCAUUAGGUUUGUCUGGAACAACGUCAUUUCGGAAUGAUAGAUCACCGUCAGAGGUACUGACAUCCUCAGAAAAGCAGAUAGCUUACCAUGCAUGUGUUGCUUUGCGGCAAUACUUCAGAGCUCAUCUUCUUUUGCUUGUUGAUUCCGUACGUCCAAAUAAAAGUAACCGCAGCGGGGCACGGAAUAUUCCAAGCACCAGGGCAGCAUACAAGCCACUUGACAUUAGCAAUGAGGCUAUGGAUGCUGUGUUUCUGCAGUUACAGAAGGAUCGGAAGCUGGGUCCUGCAUUUGUGAGAACUCGGUGGCCUGCUGUUGAGAAGUUUUUGAGCUGUAAUGGACAUAUUACCAUGUUGGAAUUGUGUCAGGCCCCUCCUGUUGAGCGUUACCUGCAUGACUUGCUUCAGUAUGCUCUAGGUGUUCUGCACAUUGUUACAUUGGUGCCUGUCAGCCGCAAGAUGAUUGUGAAUGCCACCUUGAGCAAUAAUCGUGCUGGCAUAGCGGUUAUUUUGGAUGCAGCAAACAGUGCUAGUAGUCUUGUGGACCCUGAGAUUAUACAGCCAGCUCUUAAUGUGUUAAUCAAUCUAGUCUGCCCUCCACCUUCAAUCAGCAAUAAACCAUCCUUACUAGCUCAAGGUCAGCAGUUUGUUUCUGGACAAACCACAAAUGGUCCUGCUGUGGAAACUAGAGAUAGAAAUGCAGAGCGCAAUGUUUCUGAUCGAGUGCUUUACAUGGCUAAUCAGAGUGACAUGAGAGAGCGGAGUGGAGAGUCGAAUUUGGUAGAUAGGGGCACUGCAGCAGGCACCCAGUCCAUCAGCAGCAAUGCACAGACACCUGUUUCUGCUGCUCCGUCUGGGUUGGUUGGAGAUCGUAGAAUAUCCUUAGGUGCUGGAGCAGGUUGUGCCGGCCUUGCUGCACAAUUAGAACAAGGAUAUCGUCAAGCAAGAGAGGUUGUCCGUGCCAAUAAUGGCAUAAAGGUUCUACUGCAUCUCCUCCAACCCCGCAUAUAUUCACCUCCUGCUGCUUUGGAUUGUCUUCGUGCCCUUGCAUGCCGAGUCUUGCUUGGUUUAGCCAGAGAUGAGACAAUUGCACACAUUUUGACCAAGCUUCAGGUUGGGAAAAAGCUAUCGGAACUGAUACGAGAUUCAGGUGGCCAGACACCUGGAACUGAGCAAGGAAGGUGGCAAUCUGAACUUGCCCAGGUGGCAAUUGAGCUAAUUGCUAUUGUUACAAAUUCUGGUCGUGCAAGUACUCUGGCAGCUACAGAUGCUGCUACACCCACUUUGAGGCGCAUAGAGAGAGCUGCUAUUGCUGCUGCCACUCCUAUUACUUACCAUUCGAGGGAACUUUUGCUUCUUAUUCAUGAACAUCUACAGGCAUCUGGUCUGGCUGAAACUGCUGGUUCACUUCUGAAAGAAGCUCAAUUGACACCUUUGCCGUCCUUGGCUGCCCCAUCAUCUCUUGCACACCAAGCCUCCACACAAGAUACUCCUUCAAUACAACUCCAGUGGCCCUCAGGUCGUAUAUCUGGUGGAUUUCUCUGCAGCAGACCAAAGAUUGCUGGCCGUGAUGAGGAUGUUAAUUUGAAGUGUGAUUCAGCUUUGUCUUUAAAGAAGAAAUCACUUGUUUUCUCGCCCACUUUUGGGUUACAAUCAAGAAAUCCGUUUCAAUCUCAAGAUUUGCAACCAUCUUCUGCCAGGAAAGUACUCACUAGUUCAAAACCAUGUCCUUUACUGGCAAGUGUAUCAGAAACUCCUACAGAUUCUAUGCUGAAAAGUAACCUUGAUAUGGAAUCACAAUGUAAGACACCCCUUGUGUUGCCAAUGAAAAGAAAGCUAUCCGACUUAAAGGAUACUGGUUUGGCAUUGUCUGGGAAGCGGUUCAACACUGGUGAUCAUGGAUCACGAUCUCCAGUUUGUCUGACACCCAAUACUACUCGGAGAAACUGUCUGCUUGCAGAUGCUGCUGCAUUCACACCAACUUCUACUUUAAGGGAUCAACAUGUUCGAGCAACACCGAGCAGCAUAAUCGAUUUGUCCGAUGACAACCUAUCUGGUAACUCUCAUGGGGGACAUAUGACACCUUCCUCCCAAGUUGGGUUUCUAAAUGAUCCCCAACCCAGCAACUCAGAACGUUUAAGUCUCGAUACUAUAGUUGUUCAGUAUCUAAAGCACCAGCAUCGUCAGUGCCCUGCUCCUAUAACGACUCUGCCACCACUAUCUCUUUUACACCCACAUGUUUGUCCUGAGCCAAAACGAAGUCUUGAUGCACCAUCGAAUAUCACUUCACGGCUUGGUACUCGUGAGUUCAGGAGUGUUUAUGGUGGAGUCCAUGGAAAUCGUAGGGAUCGUCAGUUUGUUUACAGUAGAUUCAGGCCAUGGAGAACUUGCAGGGACGAUGCUGGCACUUUGUUGACAUGUGUCUCUUUUCUGGGAGAUGGCUCCCAUGUUGCAGUUGGUAGCCAUGCUGGUGAGCUAAAAAUUUUUGAUUCCAACAGCAACAAUGUGCUGGACAGCUGCACAGGCCAUCAGCUUCCUGUGACUCUUGUUCAGUCAUAUUUUUCUGGUGAGACCCAAAUGGUUCUCUCAUCAACCUCUCAGGAUGUGCGGUUAUGGGAUGCCUCUUCUGUAUCAGGUGGGGCCAUGCAAUCAUUUGAAGGCUGCAAGGCUGCUAGGUUCAGCAAUUCUGGGAGCAUUUUUGCAGCCCUAUCUGCAGAUUCCACCCAACGAGAAAUUCUCCUUUAUGAUAUCCAGACCUACCAGUUGGAAUUGAAGCUUUCUGAUGCCACAACUAAUUCUACAGCUCGUGGUCAUGUAUAUUCUCUAAUACAUUUUAGUCCAUCUGAUACUAUGCUGCUUUGGAAUGGUGUUUUAUGGGACCGGCGGGUUCCAGGCCCUGUUCAUCGUUUUGACCAGUUUACAGAUUAUGGUGGUGGUGGUUUUCAUCCUGCUGGGAAUGAGGUUAUUAUAAAUUCUGAGGUUUGGGAUCUGCGGAAGUUCAGGUUACUCCGAAGUGUACCUUCUUUAGACCAAACAGCAAUAACAUUCAAUGCACGUGGGGAUGUAAUUUAUGCAAUCCUGAGGAGAAAUCUUGAGGACGUGAUGUCAGCGGUCCACACUCGACGUGUGAAGCACCCCCUAUUUGCUGCUUUCCGCACAUUAGAUGCCAUCAACUACUCUGAUAUUGCCACUAUUCCAGUGGAUCGAUGUGUUCUUGACUUUGCAACUGAACCAACUGAUUCCUUUGUUGGGUUGAUUACUAUGGAUGACCAAGAAGAGAUGUUUUCAUCAGCCAGGGUUUAUGAAAUUGGUCGCCGAAGACCAACUGAUGAUGAUUCCGAUCCUGAUGAUGCAGAAAGUGAUGAGGACGAGGAUGAUGAUGAUGACGACGGUGAUAUAGACCCAAUACUUGGCCCAGAUCUCAAUGGGGAUGGUGAGAGUGAUGCUGACAUUAGCAAUGAGGAUGAUGACAGCGUGAGUGAACUUGAUGAUGAUGAUGGAGAUUUUAUGAUGGAUGAUGUUGACUUCGAUGGUGGAGGUGGGAUAUUGGAGAUUGUGACUGAGGGUGAGGAUGAUGAUGAUGACAGCCAGUUGGUCGAGUCUUUUAGCAGUGGUGAUGAAGAGGAUUUUGCGGGCAAUGGUUUUGGUUUCUAAUUUUUUCUUUUUUAACGAGAUAGGCAGAAAUGUUGGUCACAAUGCAUUUAGAAAUAGUCGAAAUGCUUGUAAUUAUUGUUUCAAGGGUUAUUAUUAUUAUUAUUUUUUAUUUUGCCUAAGUUGUUAGUUACUUUUGGUUAGAAAUUCCAGUAAGAGGGUGGGAGGAAGGGUGGAUGUGGCUCUGUGCAAGGGCGGAGGAGAGCCAAUUUUUUAAUUAUUUUGGUCCUGGUGUAUGAUGGUUGACAGUUGAGGGUUGGGUGCUACAUGCCAAUGCCAAUGCCAAUGCCAUUGCCCUGCCAAUGCCAACCGAAUGAGGCCCACAAGUAGUUGGUUGGUGUGGGCUAAAUUCGAUACCCUCACCAAAGCCUAUUUUGGCAUCUGGGCUGUUGGCUAUGUUAUUAUCAUAGGAUUCAUUUUCCUUUUUUUUACGGGGCUCUACGAUUAUGGAGUCUAUGUAAUGCUAAUGUCAAAUAAAUUGGAGCAGAGGCCUUAGCAAUUAAGGGGUUGAAGGAAUGAAUUUCUGUCUUUCUUUUC